GGCAGCGUUCUUGGCCAUUGCGCUUAACAAGCACCACGCAUCUCAUCUCACGGUUAGGCUACUCAUAAACCCUUAGUGCUCUUAAAGUCUAUUUAAUGCUAGAAUGGAAAUGGAUGAAAGUCUUAAUUUGCUAGACCACAGCAGCAAAGGAUGGCUUCUCUGGUAUAUUUAUAAAAGCAACGUAGAGGGAAGGACAGCGGCUGCCUCUGGCUUGCUUUCUGACCUUGGGAGUUACCAAGACUGGCAUUCCUGUGAAGUCAUGUGACCAGGAUUGGCGGGCACAGCUGUCACCAAUGGAGGGGAGGGGCACAGGAGUGGCCAUUCCGAUUGAAUUUCACUUCAGCCACUUGAGAUUUUUCUCUUCUUUUCUUGCAGUGGGUUUUUUUGUCUUCCGCCUCUUUUGUUCAUUGAUUUGGGUUUUAGAAAGUUCUAGCAGGAGAGCAGCAUCCAAGAUGCUAGCCUAGAAUAUUAGGAUGGUUGCCCUAAGACCUUGGUGGCCACAUUUGCCAUCUCCUGCUGACAUUCCUUCAUCUGAGUCCGAGGUUCCUGUGGUCCAGAGCUUCCGAAUGGUAAAAUCUGCCUUCCAGUUUUAGCACCAGCUUUAUUGUGUUUCACUGUAUGUCUGCUGUCCUGGCAGGUUAGUAUAUGACGCUCUUGAGCACAAAGGAGAUGGGUCAGGACCAGACAAAGCAGCAGAUAGAAAAAGGACUCCAACUUUACCAGUCCAACCAGACAGAAAAGGCCCUGCAAGUUUGGUUGAAGGUUUUGGAAAAGAGCACGGAUGCUGCUGGCAGGUUUCGAGUCCUGGGUUGCCUCAUCACCGCUCACUCAGAGAUGGGCAGGUACAAAGACAUGCUAAAGUUUGCAGUUGUGCAGAUUGACACAGCCCGGGAGCUGGAGGAUCCGGACUACCUUACAGAAAGCUACCUGAAUCUGGCUCGGAGCAAUGAGAAGCUCUGUGAAUUCCAAAAAACCAUCUCCUACUGCAAGACCUGCCUGAACAUGCAAGGCACCACAGUGAGCUUGCAGCUCAAUGGCCAAGUCAGCCUCAGCAUGGGCAAUGCCUACCUCGGCCUCAGCAUUUUCCAGAAGGCUCUGGAGUGUUUUGAGAAAGCCCUGCGCUAUGCCCACAACAAUGACGACAAGAUGCUGGAGUGCCGGGUCUGCUGCAGCUUAGGGAAUUUCUACACACACCUCAAGGACUAUGAGAAAGCCCUGUUCUUUCCAUGCAAGGCUGCGGAGCUGGUGAAUGAUUAUGGAAAGGGCUGGAGUCUAAAGUACCGAGCGAUGAGUCAGUACUACAUGGCUGUGGCCUAUCGGAAGUUGGGGCGCUUGGCCGACGCAAUGGAAUGCUGUGAGGAGUCAAUGAAGAUUGCCCUUCAGCAUGGAGAUCGUCCUUUGCAGGCACAAUGCCUGCUUUGCUUUGCUGAUAUCCACCGCAGCCGUGCAGAUAUACAGACAGCAUUCCCCCGUUACGAUUCCUCAAUGAGCAUCAUGACCGAGAUUGGAAACCGUCUGGGACAGAUCCAGGUGCUGGUGGGCGUGGCCAAGUGCUGGGUGAUUCAGAAGGAACUGGACAAGGCACUAGAAAGUAUCGAGAAGGCUUAUGAGGUGGCAGAGGGACUAGGAAACAAGCUUGGCCUGCUGAAGGUUCACUGCCUGUGUGAAGGCAUCUACCGCACAAAGGGGCAGCAGCGGGAGCUUCGCAACCAUGUGGUGAAGUUUCACGAAUGUGUGGAAGAAAUGGAGCUUUACUGUGGCAUGUGUGGCGAAUCCAUUGGAGACAAGAACCACCAGCUCCAAGCUUUGCCCUGCUCCCAUGUCUUCCAUAUAAAGUGUCUUCAGACCAAUGGGACACGUGGUUGCCCCAAUUGCCGGCGCUCAUCUGUUAAACCAGGAUUUGUGUGAUCCACUGAAUCCAUGAUUUAAGAGAGCUCAUUCGAUAAGUGUCAAAUAGCUGGAACGUUUUAGGCUCAUGGUAUGGAGAUGGGGAACCAAUGGGUAGGAAGAGGGUCUCCUGCAGACUGGAUGCAACAUGUGGACCUAGUUCUCUGCUUCCUGAUGUUCCACACAUCUGAGUUGUGGAUGUCUACCUGGAGUUCUCUGACAUCUCUUUCCUCAAAACCAGUUAUCACAACCAAUAUGUCACCUCUGUUCUUUGAAGGGAGUUGGUUAGCAUGUCUUCCUACGAUCCCAGUCCUCUCUUUCUCAUGUUCUGCUGCUUCUGGUAGUUUCUACCAGGUCCAAUUCUGACACUCAUACCACACACCUUGUUUUUAUUCAUUCCUUGUGGGAAACAAAAUUAUCAUGACAACACACUACUUGGAUGAUGUAGCUAUGGAGAGGUACCAGCCAUUUCCCAAGUACCACUAUAAGUUACUUCCUCAUGGCAUGUAUUGGAUGCCUAGCAGCAGUUCCCUGUAUAUACUUUGGGAAAUUCAUAUGAUAUCCGUAAUAUAAAAUAGGAUCCUUUGAUGAGCUCACCUGACUUAUCAAAUUCAAGCUUCUUUUGCCUUAGAAUGUUCAGCUCUGUGAUGUCUCCACCUGUCCUUCAGCAAUGUGUUUGUGUCUGCCACAGUGUGCUUGGGAUUCUGCCCAGAGUAUUGGAUUUAUUUGGCUUGAGAGCCACUCUGUUCUGCUCCUGCAGAAAAUCCAAUUGCUGCAUGGGACUACAAAGGGAAAGCCUCUUGGGCCAGGGUGGGGAAGGUGCUUGUUGGGGGGAUGUUUCUUUUGUUUUAUUUGUUUGCUAUAGUAUUGUGAUGUUACACAAGCAGAAGCAGUUACCUGUCUGCAAUUAUGUUGUCUUCAGUAUAUUUAUACAUUUGGUAAAACUAUUUAUACUGGAAUCAAUAAAGUUGUAUCAGCCAA